AUGCAUGCAAGGAAACCGCAGCGAAUAAGCGAUGGGUACUUUGAGAAGCACCAAACCCAUCCGUAUCAGAAGUACAACUCCAAGACUGAGAGGAGAACUAAUGACUACAUCCCUGAUACACGCUACACACCACUCAGAUCACCAAAUGGUAAUGUGUCAGCGCAUGGGCACAGCCACGUCACUAACACUGGCCAUUCAACCCAUGGACAUCACCAUUACAGUCACAUGCCAGAUGAUAGGGCACAUGCAACAUCUAGAAAUUCCUAUAUGCAGAAAGGUCCUGAAAAGGAGAGAGAUCGAGACUACAAAUCAUCUAGAAAUAAGUACUCAGAUAGUGUCCGAUCACCGAAGGAGAAGCGUAUUAAAGAUAGUGAAAGAGAGAAGAACAACCAUGAACGAUGUGAAUCUGAGAAAAAAAGUAGGACUAGUGGCAUGAACUGUAGUGUUAGUAGGAGUAGUAAAUAUGACAAGAGAAGUGCACCAGCUCCAAGCGUGCCUUCAGGCAGUGAAUGGUCAGAACACAUUAGUUCAUCAGGAAAGAAGUAUUAUUAUAACUGUAUCAGUGAAGUGUCACAGUGGGAGAAGCCCAGGGAGUGGGACUCUCGGAGGACAUCAUCCAAAGAUUCUACAUAUUCUGCAAGAAGCAAUCGCGAGAAGCGGUCGAGGUCGCGGUCGGGGCGGCGCGACGCCGAGAAGCAGCUGGGCAAGCGCGGCGCCCCGCCCGACCGCUACUGGGGCCCGCGCGACGACGACGCCCACGAGCGCCCCGCCGCCCGCGCCAAGCACCCCCACGACGCCAAGGAGGGCCAGGCGCAGGACAUGGACAUCUCGCCGGACCGCAGCACGCCGCUGUCCGAGGGCUCGUACCACGCGCGCGAGCCGCUGCCGCGCUCCGACGCCGCGGUGCCGCCCGUCGUCGUGCUCGACAACUCCAACCAGCCGACGGGCUCGCUGCUGGCGGCGGCGCUGCCGCGCAUCGUGGCCGCCGCACCGCUGGCGAACAACAACAACGGCGGCGGAGGCGGAGGCGGGGGCGGAGGCGGAGGCGGAGGCGGCGUCUCGCCGGCGGGCGGCGGCGGCGACAGCGGCAACGGCACGCCGCACCGCGACGCCGGCCCACCGACGCCCACGCACUCGGAGAACACCGAUCCGCACGCGCCCCCGCUCCACCUGGACGCCGCUUUGCCCCGGAAAAUGGAGUGCCUGGGCAGCUACUCGUCGGUGGUGGGUGGCAGCCUGCAGCACGCGCCGCCGAUGCUGACGCCGUCGCUGGUGAACUACGUGCGGGCCGACCUCACCGCGCACGUCACCGCCUGGCCGGCGGACAUCCUCGAGAAGCAGGCGAACAAGUUCACGGAGGAGGCGUACCAGCUGGGCUGCCUGCAGUGUACGCGCGUCUCCGCCGAGCUGAAGUGCGCGCGCUCCCUGGUGCGCCACACCGAGAUACAGGCGACGCUGCAGGAGCAGAAGAUCAUGUACCUCCGGCAGCAGAUAUCCCGGCUGGAGGAGCUCAAGUCGCAGAACUCGUUCAUGUCGGACGAC